GUAUUCAGUGGAGUCGAGGUUAUGUUGGUGUUUUGGUGAAAUUUUCACAUGUUCUCAAGAAACAAAAACAUUGCUAAUCACUGAGUGGCGGAACAAACGUGAGCAUUUUGAUUUUCUGUGGUUUUCUUCUCAAAGAGGCAACAUGGAUAUCGUUAAACAAGUGCUAGAGAAACAGAAGAAGGAUUUGGAAACAUUCAAACCAACAACAGUGGAAAAGCAUCUGGAAGUAGGAAUUGAUGUGGGUCAUUUUAUGCUAACCGAUCCAAAUUAUUUCGAUGAUGACAAGUUCAGAACCAACAAAGACCAGUAUUUGCUGGAUCUGACCCGCGAUAACACACAGCUGCUCUUCAAUAGCAUUUGGGAGUUACCUACCGAGCGCGUGGAAGAAUUCGUCGUGGCUAAAAUCCCUCCACCACGAUUUGUCUUGCCGCGCGCUCGGAAGCUUCCGGUUCCGAAACCCCUCACAAAAUGGGAAGAGAUAGCGAAGGCCAAGGGCAUUAAGAAACAAACGCGCGACAAAAAGGUGUACGAUGAAGUACUGGACAAAUGGGUGCCAACGUAUGGCUACCAGCGACACAAAGCCGAGAAGGAAAAAGAUUGGGUUCUGGAGGUACCGCACAAUGCCGAUCCGAACAAGGAUAUGUUCCAAGAGAAGCGUGAUUUAAGAAUUGAUAGGAUAGCGAGAAAUGAAAUUUCACGAAUGAGAAACAUUGCUCGGGCAAAGAAGAUUCAAACGCCGCGAACUGGUUUCCUUGGCCCGGAGUCUGCAUCUGCCAAAGAGUUGGUGACUGCAGCCAAUAUCGCAAAGGUGUCCACUGCGUCGGUUGGUAUUUUCCAGGAAAAAUUGACAAACGACAAACAAGCACGUGGAAUAGGUGUGAAGGAACUGAUACCAGGUAGUAAACGAAAACGAGCUCCAAUUACGAUUCCUGGCGAGAAGAGGAGAAACAUGAACAUCGUUAACAAUGUGCUUAAUAAAAAACCCAAGAUCGAUGUGGAAAAGGCUAUUUCUCUACAGAAAUCAGAAGCACGUAAAGAACGUGAAGCAUCGAUGGCAGAGGAUAGCGGAUCCAAAAAGAAAACCAAAAAGGGGUCCAAAGGCAGUUUUGGCCGUAAGAAGCCAAAGGGUGGACAAGGAAAACGUAAUCACAGCAAACGAGCGGUUGGUCGCAAGAGGCGUUAAGUUUGGUCUAGUUUCAAAUAUAAAAAUUAUAAAUAUUCUGAAUAUACCUACCUAUAUGGUGACGUUGAUGUAAUAA